UGUGGCCUGGGAGAAUUGUCUGGGAGAAUGGGCUGCCUUUGUGGCCUAUAUUUACCUAAAGGACUUAACUCUUUUUGUCUUCCAGCAAGAGUCCCAGAACUGAAAUCUGCGGCAAGGACUGUAGAUUUGCUAUAGGUGUCUGCGGAUGCUUGAUGCUUCUGGCAGCGGCCUUCAUUGUGUACUGUAUAAGGAGAUUUGCCCCCCGUGCUGAGAAGAGCUACUCCACAUCUCCAUGCAUCCAGACUGGCCAGUCUACCAAACACCUUUGCAAUGGCACGGUGCAGAUGCCCCCUCUGUUUCUCCAUUCAGAGCCUCCCGCCGCAUCCCUCGCCGAGAAAGAGAAGCUGGUGAACGGAGCGCCCCCGAUCUGUGGUUUGCUGCAAGGCAGAAACAUGUACGCCGUGAUUGACGCUGUGCCAGUCCGGCGCUGGAAGGAGUUUGUGCGGGGUCUGGGCCUGCGCGACAGGGAGAUUGAGCUGGUGGAGCUGGAGCACUCGCAGUUCCGCGAGCAGCAGUAUGAGAUGCUCAAGUGCUGGUGCCAGCAGCAGCAGGGGCCCUCGACAGAUGCCAUCUUCACCGUCCUGGAGAGCAUGCAGCUGGGCGGCUGCGCCCAGGAACUGAGAGAGCAGCUGCACGCCAACAGCUAGCAGGGGAGCCCCUGAGAUGGGGUGGGGGCAAAGAUCUGAGCCAUGCUGUUCCCCACCCCAUCUCAGACAGACUUGUGCUGGGGCAAAGGAAACAGAGAGCUCCAACCUCAUGGAAGGGGCACUGCAGGUAUAGAACUUUGCAGUGACAUUGAAAUCCUACUCUAGGUAUUCUGGAACACGUGUAGUGCCUAAGACACUGAGCUGCAACCCAAGGAUGAUGCAGUUCCAAUGGAUAUUCCAGGUGGCCUCUGAGAUAGGGAGAU